GACGCGUUUUUUUUCCCGUCGCAAAGUAAGAAAGCAGCUAACGGUAGCUAGCAAGGCGGCGUCGUUUUUGUUUUCGAGAAUGGCGUCCUCAAAGAAGGGGAAGAAAGUUAUAAAUCAAGAGGAACUCCGGCGUUUGAUGAGGCAGAAACAAAGACAGACGACGGACAAGAAGCGCGUCGAGUCUCCGUUCGCCAAAUACAACAGUCUCGAGCACCUCAGUUGCGUCCUGUGCAAUGUGCAAGUGAAGUCCGAACUGCUGUGGCCGGCGCAUGUACUCGGAAAACAGCAUAAAGAGAAAGUCGCCGAGCUGAAGGGAGGAAAGAGUCAAGCGGUGAUGGGACCACCGAUGCAACCGGUGAAGAGGAAGGCACCGGACAACCGGGCCGGGAGCGGGAAGAAGGUUAAACCCGCCGCGGCUGCGGGUCCGUCCUCGUCGUCGGGGCUGCCGGAAGAUUUCUUUGCGAAACCGAGCAACAAGGGAACCGUUUCCACCGACACACCUGCUGGUCGGAGUCUGCUAGCUGGGGUUUACGAGGAUGAGGAGGGUGAUGAAGGACGUGCCGAAGAGGCGCGUCCGGCGGGGACCGCGGAUCCCGCUCCGAAAGACACCGACGCCGCGGGGCUACCGGAGGACUUCUUCGACAGCGCCCUCCCGUCCGCGCCCGCCAUCCGCCACUCGGGCUCCAUCGCGAAGGCGGACGUGCCGGAGAAGAGCCCCGAGAAGAAGGAGAACACCGCCGAGGCGCUGCCGGAGGGCUUCUUCGACGACCCGGUGCGGGACGCCAAGGUGCGCAAAGUCGACGCGCCCAAAGACCACAUGGACAAGGAGUGGGACGAGUUCCAGAAGGCGAUCCGACAGGUCAACACGAAGUCGGAGGCCAUCGUGGCGGAGGACGACGAGGAGGGGCGCCUCGAGCGGCAGAUCGACGAGAUCGACGAGCAGAUCGAGUGCUACAGGCGCGUGGAGGUGCUGAGAGACAAGCGGGACGUGGCCAGGAGCAACGCGCUGCCCGAGGAGGAGGAGGAGGAGGAGGAGGUGGACGGCAGCGACGAGGAAGAGGAGGACGAAGAGGAGCUGCUGGGGCUUCUGUUCCGGGACUGGAGGGCGAAAGGGGCUCUGGCUUAAGUCUGAGUUUGUCAGCAAUUGUAAAUAUGUUUAACGCCUCUGUCACAUAUUUUGUUAUAUUUCAGACUGGAUUAAAUUGGAUUGGAUUCAA